CUACCAACAGCGGUUAGGUCAAACUUAUUGGUCAUGCGAUUGUGGUAUCCAUGUUUGAAAAUUGCACCCUAGUUAGAAUUAAAAUGGAGAACUAACCAGAAGGGCGUGUGACGCUCGUUGGAUUUGGGAUGUGUUUAAAGAUUUAUUGUUAUAUUCGUAAAACAUCACUUUUACUCCAUACAAGAUAACAUCGUUAUUACUCGUUGUCCGCUUUGUUGAUCAUAGAGAAAUGAAUCCCGAGGACGAAAAUAAAAUCCGGCGGAACUGGGAGCUCAUCAAACAAGAAAUAAAUACGGACGAUUUUGUGACAAAAUUUAUAAAUCUAGGAGUUUUUACUCCUGUCGAAGGUCAGGACAUUUUAAAUGGCGGUCCUGGUAACCUCGAAAGUAAAGGACAACGGUUUCUUGAGAAGGUUUUAAAAGGAGGCAAUAAAUCUUAUCAGACUCUGUGCAAUAUCCUAUUGGAAAACAAUAAUAGCCCUAGAUACAAGACACUGGCGAAAAUUCUCGGCAUCGACCAAGAUUGUUCGAGUACCUCGGCAGGUGGCUCCCAACGACCUGCGACGUCGGUGUCUGUUGCAAGCUCAGUCAGUCUUAACUUAGGUGCGUGUGCUGAAAACAUACAUGGAGAUCGCAUGGAGAGGAUGGUCUCUGCUCGAGCUCCAUGGCGGGAAGAGUUACCAAGGCAUGAGGAAACUAUGGACUCAACGGAAGAGGAUCAAGAGGAAAAUAGGCCGAGUACACCAGCUGACGCGGUACAGUUGGCUGUGAAGAAAGCAAGUGAUGGUAAAAGUGGCAAUCUGGAUAUGGAAACGUUAGAAAAAGAGCUUAUAAAAAUUGCGCCAACCAUAGCCGACUUGUUCAGUAAAAUUCAUACCCAGACAACAACGGUAACUGCUACAUCAGAUGACGAACUGCAGAAGAUAAAAGAUGAUAAUGAUAGAUUACGUAAAACGAACAGAAGUCUUGUUGAAAAAUUGAAUUCAUUUCAGCAAAAGAUCAUUCAGCUUCAACUAGAAAACAAAAAGCUGAGAGAAGUUAGUGACAAUGAGAAAGUUAAGCAAACACAGCUUGACGAAAAAUCAUCAGAGUUAGAAAAAUUAAAGGAUAAACUGAUUGAACAGAAAAAGGCUCUCGAAGAUAAAGAACGGGAAUUAGAUUCUCAAAUGAGCAAGUUACAGAGCGUCAUUAUCGAUAACGAAGAACAGAAAUUCAAACUCGCAAAUCUUGAGCAGCUGCAUGAAGAAGGCUUGAGAGAAUAUGGAGAACAGCAACAACAAAUAGAAGAACUUCAGAAAGAUAAAGAUAAACAGAGGGCACAAAUACAAUUACUUGAAGAUAAACAAAGUAUGAGCGAGCAACUGUUAUACCGUAUGGAAGAAAGAUUACUCAUGUUGGAGCGGGGACCACCGAAAAAGUCUCGACCACGAUUUGGACCUAGCAGACCUUGGAUGAAUGGAAUGAUCGAUAAGUCUCAUCACGCAAAUGUCAAACUUCAGCCACAGUUCCCCACUGAUUUCACAUCCAAUGGUAAAGGCGGUAAGGGGUGGUCGUUUUAAAAUAUGGAGACUACUACUUAUUAUACAGCUUAAAUAUGCAUUUAAAGGCAAAAAUACAUAUCAAAAAAGGCAUUUUAAAGGAAUGAAAAUGUAAAACAUAGCAUGAAACUUUUGUAGGGAAAAUUAAUCGUUUGCUACAUGAACCUGUAGUUUCUAUGUUUUCGGCGGGAAAAGACAAUAACAUUGCAGAUACAAAUAACAAAUAAUAAAGAAAUAAAAGGUGGUAAAGUUGUUAUUCUUGAAUUUGAACAUAAAUGGCGAAUGAUAGAAACAAUAUAGGUGUAUGGUAUGAAUGAAUUGUUUAUUUUUAAAGAUUGUGUAAAAUAGGUUUGGUUGUUUGGCAAAUUGUGUCGUAAAUAUAAUUUUGGUGUAUGUUUAUAUUCUAUGUUAAAUUAAUGCUUUGUUUUUAAAUAAUUUACACAGCAUGUGCGAAAAGUUAUAAAUGAUAUAUUGCAUGUUUGCAAAUCACUUUGAGUAUAUCUGAUGUUAAAUAUUUGAUUUAAAAAAACUUGAACUCUCGACUGACAGUUCAAUUACUGCCUAAAACAUUGAUUAUAUCACAAAUCAUCCGGAACAAUCUAUCAUAUCAUUUAUCCAUUAAAGACAAUACGACGCGGUAUAUAUGCAUGUAAUUUAAAACAAGCCAAACCUCAAUUAUCGAUCGAAUCGUGUUUGAAAAGGUAUGUAAAUCAUGCAAAUAUUUUCAUAUUGUCAAAAAUAUCACUAAUUGUUCAGCGAUAACAAAGAAGUUUAAAAUCAGAGGAAGCAUUGUUUUUUGAAGCCUGCGUCACGUAAUUUAUGACUAUUUUAAUGCCAAGUAUAGCUGAGGAUCAGUUAAAUAAGAUAACUCUUUUUUUUCAACUAAUCCAAACGUAAAUGCCCAUCAUUGCCUUUAUUGUACAGAACAGAAAUCUUUAAACUAUUCCAUUAGGGCAACUUAAGUUACAGUCGCAUAGUCACCUGUGUCGUAGCAUAUUAAUUAUCAAGACUGAAUAAACAUAUAUUUUUUAUCAAAUUUGGUGUCAUAAUUGUGCAUACACACGGUCAGUCCAGUUUUAAUAUCAUUUUACCAUUAUGCUAAAACACAUUUGCCUUCUCAUAUACAUGCUGAUUUAUCUUCUCAUGCAUUAUUUGUAUAAAUCAAAUAUUUUUAUCAUUGAAAGGAUUAAGUAAUGUUAUACUUUUUUCCUUAACAUUAUUUGCGGUUGAGACAUAUGUAUCAAUGAUUUUGUUGGAAAUAAAUCUAAAUGAUAACUAGUA